ACAAAAUUCGUAGUUGUCGGAAAGAGAGUUGUAUUUACAUACCCACAAAAAAUCCGACGUCAGAAUUUUGUGUUUACAGAUACAAAGGCCUAAUUAUGAACACGAAUCCGUAAAUAUGAGUACGAAUAUUUAUAUAAGAACAUAAAUAUUUUAUAUACGAACACGAAUGUGUAAACACGAGUACAAAUCUUUCGGUCCCAUAUCUACCUCCAGAAACCAUCAUCUCGUAUCCUAGAGUUCCUCACGGCCAGUGCUGCUGACUAGCUAGCUAGCUAGCCGCACCAAGGUUGCUUAUCAUGGCUGCCUCCAAGCUAGUCGCGUCGCAGUUGGGCACCGGCCUCCCCCGUUGGCAGCUAGCUCUGCUGGUCGGAGCGCCCAUAGUGCUCGGAUUGGGAGCCGUGUAUAAAUGGACCCGCAGCAGGACGGAAGGUUCAAAACGAGUCAAAAAAGCAACAACCGGCAAACAAGGCAGCUGCAGCGAUCAUGCUAACAGUGAGAAGCAGGUGCAGCAGGAGGUUAGCGCCGCAGCAGCUAGCCAGGUUCACGGACAGCCAUCCAAACAGGAGGCCACUACAGCGGCAGCAGUCAGCCAGGUGGACCACCAACAGCCUGAACAACAGGCCUGCACCCUGGCAUCGGCUAGCCCGGUCAAGCAGCCGGAGCGAAAGGCGGGAAGCGCAACAUCAGCUCGCUCAAAGGAAGAUCCAGAAGGAGAGGAGAGUGCACUGACCGGAGAAGAAAGUGGGACGUCCUCCAGCGACGGGGUUUGGACAGCAGCUCAGUUCAAGGAAGAUUCAAAACGAGUCAGAAAAGCAACAACCGGCGAACAGGGCAGCUGCAGCGAUCAUGCUAACGGUGAGAAACAGGUGCAGCAGGAGGUUAGCGCUGCAGCAGCUAGCCAGGAUCACGGACAGCCAUCCAAGCAGGAGGCUACUACAGCGCCAGCAGUCAGCCAGGUGGACCACCAACAGCCGGAACAACAGGCCUGUACCCUGGCAUCAGCUAGCCCGGUCAAGCAGCCGGAGCGAAAGGCGGGAAGCGAGACAUUAGCUCGCUCAAAGGAAGAUCCAGAAGGAGAGGAGAGUGCACUGAGUGGAGAAAAAAGUGGGACAUCCUCCAGCGACGGGGUUUGCACAGCAGCUCAGUUCAAGAGUGCUUUGGAUCGUGCCCAAGCGGCAAAUAACAAAGGCAACAAAUACUUUGAGGCGGCCAAGUACGAGAACGCCAUCCAGUGUUUCACAGACGCCAUUGCACUCUGCCCCACUGAAGAGAAGAGCGACCUGUCGACAUUCUAUCAGAACCGAGCGGCGGCGAAUGAGCAGCAGAUGAAAUGGACUGAGGUAGUGCAAGACUGCUCACAGGCAGUAACGCUCAACCCACAUUACACAGAAGCUCUCUUCUUGAGGGCCAAAGCUCAUGAGAAACUGGACAAUAAGAAGGAAUGCCUGGAAGAUGUCUCCGCUGUGUGUAUCAUGGAGGACUUCCAGAUCACUGAGAGUGCGACGCUGUCAAGCAAAGUGCGCAAAAAGCUGGUAAAGGAGAAGGCCAAAGACGAAUACAAGAACCGAGAGUCGAUGAUGCCUUCUCCUCAGAUCAUCAAAUCCUACUUUGAUUCUUUCACCGAUGACAUCAUCUCGCAGCCGCUGCAGAAGGGCGAGAAGAAAGAUGAAGACAAGGACAAUGAGGGCGAGGCCUCCGACGUCACAGCUACUUCGGGCUACCUGAAAGCCAAGCAAUACAUGGAUGAGGAGGACUACGACAAAAUCAUCAGCGAAUGCACUAAGGAGGUGAACUCUGAGGGCCGCUACAUGGCUGAGGCGCUGCUCCUGCGCGCCACCUUUUACCUGUUGAUUGGCAACGCCACGGCCGCUCAGACCAACUUGGAACGCGUCAUCAAUAUGCCGGAAGCCAACGUCAAGCUGCGAGCCAAUGCCCUCAUCAAGCGUGGGACCAUGUACAUGGAGCUGGAGCAACCGUCGCUUUCCACACAGGACUUCAACACGGCAGCAGAGAUCGACGCACGCAAUCCCGACGUGUACCAUCACAGGGGGCAGCUUAACAUCCUGCUGGACGAGAUGGACAAAGCUGUAAGAGACUUUGACAAAUGCAUCCUGCUCAGAUCUGACUUUGCUCCCGCCCAGGCGUGGAAGUGCUUCGCUCUGUACCAACAAGCAUACACCUGGAACACGCCGUCCAAGACACGAGUCAUGGAUGGAUUCGAGGACGUUAUCAGAAGGUUUCCCAAGUGUGCCGAGGGCUACGCACUAUACGCUCAGGUUUUAACCUCUGAGCAACAGUUCGCAAAGGCAAACGAGAUGUACGACAAGUGUAUUGAACUGGAACCAGACGACGCCACCAAAUAUGUUCUCAAAGGAUUAUUACAGGUCCGGUGGAAAAAAGACCUGCAAUUGGGCAUGGACCUCGCCAGAAAAGCCAUCGAAAUUGACAACAAAUGUGACUUUGCUUACGACGUAAUGUCAACAAUUGAAGUUCUAAGGGGUAAUAUGAACAAGGCAAACAAAAUAUUAAACAAGGCUCCCAACUUUGCUAAAUUGGAGACGGAGUUUGCCCACUUCUACUGGCUGCCCGACACAGCGAACGCCCGGAGAACGGCAUUCAGGAAGUAUGACUUCUAACUCCCCCGCCAAACUGAGGGAUGGUUAUUCUCCAAUCGUCACUGUGUUAAGCUUUGCAUCUAUUUGUUCAAGCAAGGAAAAAAAAGUUCAGAGUUAUAAUGUUAAAUUUUUUUUUUUUAAAAACAGCCCUUCUGGAAAUACUGUAUAUACAGGAUCGUGUUUACUUUGUACUGCAUUUGAGAUAGGGUUUGGAAUGCUUAGUUUUCUUUUCACAAUGUGUCUCAUGCACAGGAAUAACAUUUUAAGCUUGUCCAAAUGACAAUUGCUGUGACGAAAAGAGGACUUGUGGCUUUUUGUUGACGUUGACAGACAAUACUUUGAGAGCAAGUUCAUGCAUCAAGUACGGUUUCAAUAUGUACCGAUAUCAGCUCCAAAUCGAAAAUUAAAACCACGUAGCCUAAUGUGUAAUGUCUGUGUUUGUAAUGAUGGGGCUGGAUAAUACAGUGUAGUGCUGCAACGAUUAAUCGAUCAACUCGAGUAUUCGAUUAGAAAAAAAAAUGUUGGAAUUCAAUUUUGUUGCUUCGAGAAUUGAAUUGAAGUGGUUUAUUUUGAAAGUGUUUGCAUUUAGUUUGAUUGAUUAGGGUGGAUACACUGCCCUCUAAUCUGCCUCUUUUCACAAGGGUGAAUCCAACUGCUCCCUGUUAAGACCAACGAAAGUUUUUGUUUGAGCUAAUGUUUUUUAAUGCAUUCAUAAUUUACUUUAUAGGUAUAUUUUA